AUGGAUCUUACCGCCCCCGUGGCCUGUUUAGGCUGCCGAGAAAAACAUCUCAAAUGCGACGGCAAUCUGGCUGGCUGUGCUCGCUGCCAGUCCUUGGGGCUCACCUGCCGCUUCGUGCCCUCCCGUCGUGGUCGUCCCUUCGGGCAGUGCCACAGCCUGGAAUACCCCCAGCAUGCGGGCUCCAUGGAUUGCGAUCAAGGGCUGCAGCUGAUCUCUCUGUAUUAUCUCCACUUUCACCAAGCCCAUCCGUUCUUGGCCCCCAUGCAACUUCUUCUCGAGUCGGAGCCGCCCGCGUUCCUGCUAGACAUUAUGGAGUUUAUCAGCCUUCAUUACUUGUCCCCGCAGCUGUUUCAGGAUAGCAGCGAGUCUCUUGGUCUGGCCGUGCAGGCUGCGGAACUGACCAUCGAAAAGGUGCAGGCCUUCCUGCUCCUCACCAUUGUACAUCACGGGCGACAGCAGGCCCAUGAGGCCCGCUCAUGUCUGGGACAGGCCCUGCAGGGUGCACUGGACCUGGGCUUGCACCGUCGGGAGACCUCGGACGCCAUCCGUGUGGAUGCUCCGUUCCAGGCUGAGAGUCUACGGCGCACCUGGUGGGAGAUUGUCGUGAUCGAUGUGCUGCUGGCGGCUGUCCAGGUCGAUGGGGUUUUGCAGUUCCACAUGGAAGAAACACCCACCACGCCUCUUCCCGGUGACUCCAGUCAGUAUCAGGCGAGCGACGUCAUCUCCGACCCCAAUCCUUUUCCGUCCACUUUGGCGGAUUUGGAACAAAACGGUCUGUUCUGCGGUGAUGUGGAAUUCUCCCCGGGCGCUUACCGCGUUGAGGCUGCUUUGCUGCUUCGCAAUUGCCUCCGAGCCGGUCAGACGCACGUCAGUGAGGAGGCACUAAACAUAUUGAACGCGGCCAACAUCGCCUGGUUCCAUCGACUGCCACCACGCCGACGGUGCAUGCUUCAACUCAACGGCGUGCAGGAUGAGCUGAUGACACAGGCGAUGAUGUUGAUGCACUGCGCAACCAUCUAUUUGCACUUCCCACGCUCCUGUCUGCUCGCAUUCCUGCCCGUCACAGGCCAGAUCAUGUGCUCAUCCCCGGCCUUGUUUGUCACCACGACCCUGGACCCGCAAGUGCACACCCACAGGGUUAUUGAGGGGUCUGUCAGACUAUCUCAGCUAGCUGCCUUGUCCACCUCUGUCAUCAAUCAUACUCCUUUCUUUGCCUGCACCCUGGUCCUCAGUUCCGUCAUCCAAGUUGCCGCUAUGUUCAGCGAGAGCCUGCAUUCUUCUGGGACGAGCCAGCGACAAUACCUGGCUCUCAACCUCGGUGUUCUCAAGUCCAUCGGACAAACCUGGCCCAUUGCUGCUGCUGCCACGCAACGAGUGCGUCAAGCCAUGAUUGAGGUCCACAACGCGAUCCCACGAGAUGUUAAUGCGUUACUUGGGGAAGUUAGCCCUCCUGCCUGA